AGCUUCGGCGCCGGUACCACCGCCAUGGGUUGAAGGGUGCGGUGCGAGGGCUGCCAGCGGCUGUCGGGCGGGCUGUCCUGAGGAUGGAGAGAGCCAUGGAGCAGCUCAACCGCCUCACCAGGUCCCUGCGCCGCGCCCGCACCGUGGAGCUGCCGGACGAUAAUGAAACUGCUGUUUAUACACUAAUGCCAAUGGUGAUGGCUGACCAGCACAGGUCUGUCUCAGAGCUGCUGUCAAAUUCAAAAUUUGAUGUGAAUUAUGCGUUUGGACGUGUGAAGAGAAGUUUGCUUCAUAUUGCAGCAAACUGUGGAUCAGUUGAAUGCCUUGUUCUAUUAUUAAAAAAAGGAGCAAACCCAAACUAUCAGGACAUCUCAGGAUGCACACCUCUCCAUUUAGCAGCAAGGAAUGGCCAGAAAAAAUGCAUGAGCAAGCUGCUGGAAUACAGUGCAGAUGUCAACAUUUGUAAUAACGAAGGUUUGACUGCAAUUCAUUGGUUGGCUGUCAAUGGGCGGACAGAAUUGCUUCAUGAUCUUGUGCAGCAUGUCAGUAACGUAGAUGUUGAAGAUGCAAUGGGACAGACAGCCCUUCAUGUAGCUUGUCAAAAUGGGCACAAGACAACAGUGCAGUGCUUGCUGGACAGUGGUGCAGAUAUAAAUAGGCCCAAUGUGUCAGGAGCAACUCCACUCUAUUUUGCUUGCAGCCAUGGUCAGAGAGACACUGCACAGAUUCUUUUGAUGAGAGGAGCCAAGUAUUUACCAGACAAAAAUGGCAUUACUCCACUGGAUCUCUGUGUACAGGGUGGAUAUGGAGAGACUUGUGAAGUCUUAAUACAGUACCAUCCUCGACUUUUCCAGACAAUAAUUCAAAUGACUCAGAAUGAAGAUCUACGGGAAAACAUGUUGCGACAAGUUCUGGAACAUUUGUCUCAGCAGAGUGAAAGCCAGUAUCUUAAAAUCCUGACAAGUCUUGCUGAAGUUGCUACAACUAAUGGUCACAAACUACUUAGCUUGUCAAGUAAUUAUGAAGCUCAAAUGAAGAGUCUCUUGAGGAUCGUGAGAAUAUUUUGCCAUGUCUUUCGCAUUGGCCCAUCCUCUCCCAGUAAUGGAAAUGACAUGGGCUACAAUGGAAAUAAAACUCCAAGAAGUCAGGUGUUCAAGGUCAGAAAAGUAUAUGAUGUUGUUAGGAAGAUAGACGUUAAAGAGAUGAAUUUCACAAAGCAUGCAUUCAUUAAUCAGACAUCUCAUGAACAGGAACCACUGGAACUGCUCUGGCACUCAUUAGACGAAUGGCUAGUUCUUAUAGCCACAGAGCUGAUGAAAAACAAAAGGGACUCUGCCAACAUUACUUCUAUUUUGCUGAAGCAAAAAGGACCAGAUCACCAGGAUGCUACUCCUACGCCUUCCUUUGCUGCUGCAGGAACAGAGAGCAGAAAAGAGCUAUCUGCUGACACAGGGGACUCAAAAACAUAUGAAGUUGCAGGGAAGCAGGAAGCUUAUGCUGAUGGCCAGGAUGUUAUCUCCAUGACAGCAAACAGGCUAAGUGCUGUCAUUCAAGCAUUUUAUAUGUGCUGCUCCUGUCAGAUGCCUCAGGGGAUGACGUCACCUCGUUUUAUAGAAUUUGUUUGUAAACACGAUGAUGUCCUUAAGUGUUUUGUUAACCGGAAUCCCAAAAUCAUUUUUGAUCACUUUCAUUUCCUUCUUGAGUGUCCUGAACUAAUGUCCAGAUUUAUGCACAUCAUAAAAGCUCAGCCAUUUAAAGAUCGUUGCGAAUGGUUCUAUGAACAUCUGCAUUCAGGGCAACCAGAUUCAGACAUGGUGCACAGACCUGUCAAUGAAAAUGACAUCCUUCUGGUUCACAGAGAUUCUAUUUUUAGGAGUAGCUGUGAAGUUGUCUCUAAAGCAAAUUGUGCAAAACUAAAGCAAGGGAUUGCUGUGCGAUUUCAUGGAGAAGAAGGCAUGGGACAGGGUGUGGUGCGUGAGUGGUUUGAUAUCUUAUCCAGUGAAAUAGUUAACCCAGAUUAUGCCUUAUUUACCCAGUCAGCUGAUGGAACGACCUUCCAGCCAAACAGCAACUCUUCUGUAAACCCAGAUCAUUUGAACUACUUCCGCUUUGCAGGCCAGAUCCUGGGAUUAGCUCUCAAUCACAGGCAGCUGGUGAACAUUUACUUCACAAGAUCAUUCUACAAGCAUAUUCUUGGUAUACCCGUAAAUUAUCAGGAUGUAGCAUCUAUUGAUCCAGAGUAUGCAAAGAACUUGCAGUGGAUUUUAGAUAAUGAUAUCAGUGAUCUGGGUUUAGAGCUGACUUUUUCUGUUGAGACUGACGUAUUUGGAGCAAUGGAAGAAGUACCAUUAAAGCCUGGGGGUGCAAGUAUACUUGUUACACAGGAAAACAAGGCUGAGUAUGUACAGCUUGUCACUGAACUUAGAAUGACAAGAGCAAUUCAACCUCAGAUAAAUGCCUUUUUACAAGGCUUCCAUAUGUUCAUUCCACCAUCUUUGAUUCAACUUUUUGAUGAAUAUGAACUGGAGCUUUUGUUGUCUGGUAUGCCGGAAAUUGAUGUGAAUGAUUGGUUAAAAAAUACAGAGUAUACCAGUGGCUAUGAGAGAGGAGACCAAGUAAUCCAGUGGUUCUGGGAUGUUGUGGAAGAACUAACUCAGGAAGAGAGAGUGCUACUAUUACAGUUUGUUACUGGCAGUGUGCUUUCCAUCUCACCUACUGUUUCAGUGCCUGUGUUUUGGAGGAGCACUCUGAAGAAAAAGCCUAAAUAUUCUUGUGCCAGAUAAUCAUGUUGGGGACCCAAACGUUUUCUUAAUAACCACCUAGUUUAUAACUGUAUUUGGCUAAAUAUUUGUUAAUUACACAUUGGCAAAUUUUGAUCAGCUUUUUAGUUAACAGUUGGAAGAAAGUGUUGAGUGCUUACUGUGAUAAAUGUUUACUAGUAUUCUUUUGGCUGCAAAGUUUUUAGGUUAUUAUACUGUGGAUGUCUGCACUUCUGAUUUAACUUAGAAGUCUGCAGUUUCUGUUAAGUAACAAAUAAGGUAUAUGCUAUUUUAAGGGAAACUCAAAGUAUUUGAUAAAUGUGAUGGAUAUGAUUAUUCUUAAAACAUAAAGUGAGUUCUUUCUAUGCUGAUUUUUUUUUUUUUUUUAAAUAGGAUUAUGCAAAACCUGUUAAUAAAAAAUAGAUAGUAAUAUUAUGAUUCAGAUGCAAGUUUAAACAUUUCAAUAGCUCUGGAGUUUCCAAAGCUAUAGAAUUGUAUUGUUGCUUUUGCUGAAGGCUAUUUGUACAUGCAGUAUGAAAAGUAGGAUCUUGUGAUCUUAUUUACACAUCUUUGAAAGGCUUUCUUUAUAACAUUGGCAGUGUUUUGUUGAGAUGAAAACACAUACUUGGAAGUUUAAGCCAGCUAUUUUGUGCACUGAAAGCCAUGAUUUUAAUCUACUGUAUGAAAAGCAUUUUAAUGAGUUAAAUUAUUUUAAAAAAAAAAAACAAAAACCCAAAAAACAGUUAGCUAAUAUUGGGCUGUUGACAAAAUGAAGUCUGUAUUUUAUUGCUUAUUUCAAUGUAGAAUUCUCCUGGCUCACAGAACAGAAGAUCACUGCAGGGGAUGCAGCACUGUGCUAGAAAUGCAAGCCAAAAACAUGAUACAAAAGAGUGUACUGCUGUAAAAUCUUUACAGCUCUUUUGAACUGUGGCUACAAACACAAUUGCAUUUGUACACCAGGAAUGGUAUGCUGCAAAUAAUCAGUACUUCUCUUCAUAGUGAGAAAUCAUCAGUACUUCUCCUCACCACUGCUGGGAAUGAUGUGUUGAAUUGUGCUGCCGUUAAUCUAGGUGAUUGAAACUAUACUUGUGUUGGAUACCAAAGUUGGUUCUUACUGCAGGGUCUGAUAAAGCUCCUUAACAUCUGGCAAUAGCAACUUCCCCUUUUCUGCGUUUUUACCAUGUAAGUUUACUUAGUGGAACCUUUGCUUCAUUUUCCCUUCUUAUUCUUGUUUUUUAGUCAC